AUGAGUGAUUUUACGGAAGUACCACAUCAAAAAUACUGGAUUCAGCGUUAUAACUUGUUCACGAGUUGGAGAGAGGGGAUACGCUUGGAUUAUGAGUCAUGGUAUUCAGUCACGCCAAAUGCCAUUGCUGUUCUUCAGGCAAGGAGAUGCAUUCUUCAGAAUCUCCAAACUCAGGAAAUACCGUUACUAGUCGUUGACGCCUUUUCAGGCUCAGGCAGUAAUAGUGCUGAAUUUGCUUCUGCUGGAGCUCACGUCAUUUCCUGUGAAAUUAACAUUUCUCGUGUAAAGAUGGUGAAAUUCAACACAGAUAAGUACUUCCUAGGGAAUAAGGUGGAUUUUGUAUGUGCUGAUUUCCUGGCACUGUGUCCUGUUUUAAAACCAGAUUUGAUUUUUCUAUCGCCACCAUGGGGCGGCCCCAACUACUACACUGAAAACGAAAGUUUUAAGCUCGAAAAUAUGUAUGUAGGAAAGUUGAAUGGGUUUGAAAUAUUGGAAAAAGCACUGGAAAUCACACCAAAUGUCAUAUAUUUUCUCCCUAAAAAUACGGACCUCGGACUAAUUCAGAACCGAAUACGAAUACCUUGGGAGGUAAUGACAUAA